CCGCGGGGCCGGGCCCAUGGGCGUGCGGCCCCCUGCAGGCCGUCCGCACGUCACCUCUGCGAGCGUCCUGGCCUCCCUCGGGCCUUGGAGGAGCCGCCGCGACGCCCCCCCCCACCCCCCCAGUCCGCGGGGCAGGUAAACCAGCUAGAACUCUUCCCUGAAUGAAAACAACUUUUUUUAAAGUUGCAUAUAUACAGAAGAAAAAACCCAAAUGCUUUUUAUUUUGCCUGAACACAAGAUUUAAACAAGGUACAGCCAUUGAAGAAUGUUCUGUUGGACUCUUUCAUGGAACUGUAGGAUCAUAUGAUCAUACGGGCAACACUUGUGUUUGAAUCCUACCCUCUGUCUUCUGAUUGUGUCACCCUGGAAAAAUAAAGAAGCAGAACUUGAGGCUCCUUUCAUUCAUUCGGUGCUGGGAUCAAUGUCCAGGGCCAAGGCAGUUUUAUUUGUAUGGAUUUCUGUUCACUGCUGCAUUAUAGAGGUUGCAGAAUCUCUUAAGGCUGUCUGUGUAGCCCUGGAGGGGCUGGAGCUGGCCAUGAGGAUCAGGCUAGUUUUGGACUAACAGAAACCUGCCUGCCUUUGCUUCUGGAGUUUAAAGGGAUUAAAGCUCUGUGGCCACCAUCAUGUUCUGGAAAUUUGACUUGAAUACCACGUCCCAUGUUGACAAGCUGCUCGACAAGGAACAUGUGACAUUGCAGGAGUUAAUGGAUGAAGAUGACAUCCUGCAAGAGUGUAAGGCUCAGAACCAGAAGUUGUUGGACUUCCUGUGCAGGCAGCAGUGUAUGGAGGAGCUGGUGAACCUCAUCACACAAGACCCACCCCUGGACAUGGAAGAGAAGGUCCGAUUCAAAUAUCCAAACACAGCCUGUGAGCUUCUGACUUGUGAUGUGCCACAGAUCAGCGACCGACUAGGCGAGGAUGAGAGUCUGCUGAACCUUCUGUAUGACUUCCUGGACCAGGAGCCACCCCUCAACCCUCUGCUUGCCAGUUUCUUCAGCAAGACCAUUGGCAAUCUUAUUGCAAGGAAAACUGAACAGGUGAUCAUGUUUUUGAAGAAGAAGGACAAGUUCAUCAAUCUGAUGUUGAAGCACAUAGGUACCUCUGCUCUCAUGGACCUGCUACUACGCCUUGUCAGCUGUGUGGAACCAGUUGGUCUCCGGCAAGAGGUCCUACAUUGGCUUAAUGAGGAGAAAAUCAUCCAGAGACUUGUGGAAUUGAUCCAUCCUCAUCAGGAUGAAGAUAGGCAGUCAAAUGCUUCUCAGGCACUCUGUGACAUCAUCAGGCUGGGCAGAGACCAGGGCAGUCAGCUGCAGGAGGCUGUGGAGCCAGACCCUCUCCUCCUAACACUGGAGUCGCAGGACUGUGUGGAGCAGCUUCUGAAGAACAUGUUUGAUGGGGAUCAGAUGGAGAGCUGCCUGGUCAGUGGGAUGCAGGUGCUGCUUGCCUUGCUGGAACCAAGGCGUGUUGGAACAGAAGGCUUGGUGGACUCCUUUUCUCAGGGACUGGAAAGGUCAUACUCUGUCAACAGCAGCAUCCUGCACGGCAUCGAGCCCUGGCUGAAGAAUUUCCAUCAGCUCCUGCUCCACCCUCCAAAGAAAAAAGCAAUCCUGACCACGAUUGGCGUGCUAGAGGAGCCCCUGGGAAAUGCUCGUCUCCAUGGUGCACGCCUCAUGGCUGCACUGCUGCAUACAAACACGCCCAGCAUCAACCAGGAGCUCUGCCGGCUCAACACCAUGGACUUACUGCUGGACUUGUUUUUUAAAUAUACCUGGAAUAACUUUUUGCACUUCCAAGUGGAACUAUGCAUAGCCGCUAUUCUCUCCCAUGCUGCCCGGGAGGAGCAGGCAGAAGCCAGUGGAUCAGAUGGCAAGGAGCCUCUGCAGGGAAGUGGAGAUGGGAUUGGGAAGCUGGAGACCCCCCAGUCCGUCACCAGCCUUCCUGAGAACACGAUGGUGACCCAUCUGUUCCAGAAGUGCUGCCUGGUACAGAGGAUCCUGGAAGCCUGGGAAGCCAACGACCACACACAGGCAGCAGGUGGCAUGAGACGUGGGAAUAUGGGUCACCUCACACGGAUCGCCAAUGCAGUUGUACAGAACCUGGAGCAGGGCCCGGUGCAGACCCAUAUCAGUGAAGUCAUCCGAGGGCUCCCUGCAGAUUGCCGUGGGCGAUGGGAGAGCUUUGUGGAAGAAACCCUAAUGGAGACCAACCGCAGGAACACUGUGGACCUGGUGAGCACUUACCACCUUCACUCCUCAAGUGAGGACGAGGACAUUGAGGGUGCUUUCCCUAACGAGCUGUCCCUUCAGCAGGCCUUCUCUGAGUACCAGAUCCAGCAGAUGACAGCCAACUUUGUGGAUCAGUUUGGCUUCAAUGAUGAAGAAUUUGCAGACCAGGAUGACAACAUCAAUGCCCCAUUUGACCGGAUUGCAGAGAUCAACUUCAACAUUGAAGCCGAUGAGGACAGUCCUAGUGCAGCUCUGUUUGAAGCCUGCUGUAGUGAUCGAAUCCAGCCCUUCGAUGAUGAGGAGGAGGAGGACAUCUGGGAGGAUGAGGAGACUCGAUGCACUGCCCGGGUGAUGGCCAGAGCCAGGUUUGGAGCCCCUCAUGUCUCAGAAAAUUACUCCAAGAAUGCCCUGGAGCAUGGAGGCCAGGACAGGAAGGCUGGCUUACCAGCAGCUAGGAACAUGCCUGGACUGACCACUCCUUCAUCCCCUACACAGAAAGAAGGUCCUCGCUCAGAGGGUGAUUCAGAAGGUACUACAUGGACAGCAGUUUUUGAUGAGCCAGUGAACCCAAUGUCUGCAGCCCCAGGAGCUGCGAGGGAUGUGGGGUCUAGUGUAUGGACAGCUGGUCCCUCAGCUCCGGAAGAGAAAGGCUGGGCCAAAUUCACCGACUUCCAGCCUUUCUGCUGUUCUGAGUCAGGGCCCCGGUGCAGCUCUCCUGUGGAUAUGGACCACAGCCAUGCUGAGGGUGGCCAGAGUCCAGGCCCAGAGAAAGCCUUUGGUCCUACCUCGCCUUGUGCCUGGAACGUGUGUGUCACUCGGAAGGCCCCACUGGUAGCCUCUGACAGCAGCUCCUCGGGGGGAUCUGACAGUGAAGAUGAGGAGAAGGCAGCUGGUGCUGUGGAAGCUGUGUGCACCGGCCAUGGUGGAAAGGCCUCCCCACUACCCAGGACAGAGGAGGCUGCUGCCAGCAGGGCUGAGAGGACAGACAGCACCGUGUUAGCCCCUGCCUGCCUUGCAUCUCCAGAAGUGACUGUCAGUCCUGCUGUGGCCACCACAGCACCAAGCAAGGCAGGCCCUCCCACAGCCACCACAGCUGGCUCUUCCUCAGUGGCUACUGCAGUUCCCCCAGGGCCGAUCAUGGCAGUAACCACAGCAGCCCCAGCUAUAGUUGCCACCCUGGGGACAGUGACAAAGGACAGGAAGACAGAUGCCCUGCCAGAAGGAGCUGCCUUAAAUGGUCCUGUGUAACUGCUGCUGCCACCCAGCUAUGGCCCGCCCUGGUCAGGCUGCUUCCUGUAUCAAGAAAACUACCUGGUGAUGCAAUUUUUUUUUUUUUUAAUUUAACUUUAAAAUAAAUGCUGCAUUUGGUAAAGCUG